CACGCCGCGCAAUAAGCCGGUCGAUUCGCGUUCCCAUUCGUACGUUUCUCACCUGUAUCAUUUCUUCGGAUAUAACGUCGAAAUAUAUACAUAUAUCUCGAACCUUAUAAUAUUUUCAAGUUCGACGAUUAGUGCGACAAAAUAAUAUAAACAUAUAAAGAUCAUUAUCGAAGAUAUAUAUAUCACGCACGCGGUUAGACGACGGAUGGAACGACGCUGUUGGCAGUGAACGACAACGACGGCUAAGACGAGGACGAAGACUUUGAAGAAGACGAAGAAGACGAAGAAGAAGAGAGAUAGAUAGAUAUCGUCGGAAUAAUUGACGCCUAGUUUCUUUUCUCGUCUGGUUGUUGUUAUUGUUAUUAUUUUAUUGUUUGUUGUCGACGUCGUCGUCGUCAUCGUCGUCAUCGUCGUUGUGUUCAUCAUCAUCAUCAUCAUCAUCAUCAUCAUCAACAACAACAACAUCAUCGUCGUCGUCAUCUUCACAAUCAACUUCGUAUCGUCGUCGUAUUAUUUCUUGAUGUUUUACCAACGUUAUCACAUCGUAAAGGAAGAUACCGAUCGACACCACCAACGUGUGUGCUUCUUAUAAAGGAUACGUAUAAAUAUCUCUAGGAAAUAUCGAUUGACGAAGAACAGAAAAGAGAGAAAAGUGACGCGAACAUGCCGAUGGAAUUUUUAGAUCGGGUACCCGUGCCCAAUUUACGUGUUUACACGACCAUCAGCUUCGCCGUACUAUCUUGUUCUGUUUACUAUGCCGCUCAAGUUGUAAAGGAUCCAGCAUGGCGAACAAAUCAUACGAGUAUAGUCGAGGGCAUCAACGACGUAAGCGAAAAUGGCACAACGACUUAUCCAAGAAGUUUCGGUACGCACUUCAAAGAAUUAUUGGCCUUCAUGGUACAGGAUCCUGGCUGUAUUUGGACUUUGAUAAACAUGGUUUACUGCGUGCUGAUACUAGUAGGCAAGUCCAUUCAAAAACUAGUCUUCGGUGAUCUACGAGUUUCUGAGAGGCAACAUCUCAAGGACAAAUUCUGGAACUUCGUAUUUUACAAGUUCAUAUUCGUUUUUGGAGUGCUCAAUGUACAAUACAUGGACGAGGUUAUACUUUGGUGUGCAUGGUUUACAGCACUUGGAUUUUUGAGUCUACUUAGUCAACUUUCUAAGGAUCGAUUCGAAUACUUAUCCUUCUCUCCAACUACCCCAGGAUGGAGUCACGCUCGACUCUUUGGACUUUUGACAGGAAUCCUAGCGUUAUCUACAUUCAUGCUCCUGUUGUGCACUGCAGCGGUUUUCUUUUUAGUGUCCUUUAAUACUUUCGCUUUCAUGGCGGCUGAGUGCAUACUAUUGGCCGUCCGUACGAUUCACGUGAUGUUGCGGUAUGUAAUUCAUCUGUACGACACACGUGGUGCCGGUACGUCUUCCCAACGUUCAUGGGAUAAACGCGGACCUUUGACCUAUUACACGGAUUUGACAUCAGAACUGACCGCUUUGGCCGUUGACUUCUUUCAUCACAUUCAUAUGUUACUUUGGAGCAACAUUUUCCUUAGUAUGGCAUCACUGGUUAUAUGUAUGCAACUACGUUAUCUAUUUUACGAGAUCCAACGAAGAAUCACCAAACACAGGAAUUAUUUGGCUGUACUAAGCCAUAUGGAACAAAAUUAUCCAAUGGCAUCGCAAGACGAAUUGGCAGAAAAUUCAGAUAACUGUGCCAUUUGUUGGGAGAAAAUGGAGUCGGCACGUAAGUUACCAUGCGCACAUUUGUUUCACAACUCUUGUUUGCAGUCUUGGUUGGAACAGGACACGUCCUGUCCUACGUGUAGAUUGGCACUCAGUAUGCAAGGCAAUCAUAGAGAGAGUACACCCGAAUUACCAUUGGAACCGCAGACACCAACAAGAAGAAACGACAAUCAUUUCUUUCAUUUCGACGGAUCCCGAUAUGUUUCUUGGUUACCAAGUUUUUCUGUUGAGGUUUCGCAUAGUCGAUUACGUGGUAAUAUUUUCACGUCGGCUCAUACCAAUUCUCAAAUGGAUGCAAUGGCCAGACAGGUACAACAGCUCUUUCCACAUUAUCCACGGAACGUGAUAUUGGAGGAUCUGAGAAUUACACGAUCGGUUGAAUGGACCGUCGAAAAUAUACUCGACGGUGUGUUGACUUUACCUCAUCACUUGAUCGAGGAACCGCAAGCCGAAUUUGUUCCGCAAACGCAAACGCAAACGUCCACGGUACAUAUUCUGCCAACUUCGUCGAUUCAAAAUACAUCAGAUCCAAGGCUUGACAUACCCGUUGCUGAUAGCGGUGAGGAACCAUCAAAUCUCGGUGGACGUUUCUCUAAAUCAUCGAUCGAGAGAGAACGCAUUCUACAACGUCGAAAGGAACAUAUGCGUUUGACGGCACGUAGAAGAUAUCUUGAAAAAUAUCGAAAGUCGGAGGGCGAUUCAAUUACGUUAUCAUCAUCGUCAUCACCGUUGUCAACAUCGUCGUCGUCGUCAUCGUCGUCGUCGUCGUCGUCAUCAUCAUCGUUAUUAUCAUCAUCAUUAUCAUCGUCGUCGUCGUCGUCGUCGGCAACUACAACGACAACUAUGACUACGACGACGAGUUUGGAAAGGGAGAACAGCUUAGUGAUUGCCGAAACUAUGUCUUAGAGAAUAUCUAGAGAAGAGGGCAAACAAACCUAAACGGAUUUAUCUUUGGAAGCAAAUCAAAGUACGGAGAUUUAUAUUAGCUAAAAGCUAAACUCUCCGCAAGAAGAAGAUUAUGAGGAAGAAGUUAGAGGAAGAGGAAGAGGUAGUGGAAGGAGAAGAGGAAGGGGAAGAGGAAGAGGAAGAGGAAAUGGUAUAAGAAUGAGAAGGAGUAGGAGAAAAAAACACAUGAGAAAGAAGAAAAGAAAUAAACAAAAAAGAAAAAAAGAAUUAAUCUUUUCUUUGAUUGGAGAGACGUGAGAGCGAGAUAUAUGUGUGGUGUGUUUGCUGUCAAAGGCUCUUUCUCUCUCUUUCUCUCUCUCUCUCUUUCUCUCUCUCUCUCUCUCUCUCUCUCUCUCUCUCUCUCUCUCUCUCUCUCUCUAACGCGCGCGUGCACGAUCGAUAGAAGAUUUUCACAAAUGGGAUUCUUCAAGAGAUAGUCUUCUUGCGAUAUAUAUAUAUAUAUAUACAUAUAUAUGGAUUUAUUCUUUGUACGACUUUGCUGCUUUUUUGAUUGAUGAUGAAUAAUUUGUCGGCUAAUUUCUUUUCUUUUCUUCUCUCAAUCUCUCUCUCUCUCUCUCUUUUUUUCUAUGUCUUUCUUUUUUUCUUUUUCUUUUUCUUUUUCUUUUUCUUUUCUUUUUUUUUUUGGUAGCAAAAUGUAUGGAAAUAUAUGCAAAAUAUGUUGAGUAAGAUGAGAGAACGAGCACUUUGCCAAUGACUGAAUGAUGAAUUAUGUAUAUCAAGAAGAAACGAGAAUGAAAUCAAUGGAGAAUAUAAGAUCGUUGGUGUUCUCUCUAAUCCAAGAUUAGAGUAUAGAUAUGUUGUGUUUUUCCUUGACUAUUGUAAGAUUUUUGAGAUCAUUGAGAUCGCGGCGAGAUUAUUUUUUAGGCGGUCUUUAUUAUCUACGCACGUAUACUUCAUCAAAAUGGUACUUUUAAUCUUAACGAUUGAUAUAUUAUUUAUGAUUUUUGAGAAAUGAUAAUUCUUUUGCUUUUGUUCUUUUUCUUUUUUCUUUCUUCUCUUGUUUUUUUUUUUUUUUAUUUUUUUGGUUUGUUCGUUUAAUUCGUUCGUUUAAAGAUCGAAAGUAUCAUAAGUAGGGAUAUGUUUAAGAGACAGCAUUUAGGAUAAUGUUCCAUGCGCUUAAAAUACAGAUCAGAUAUAAAUUAUAUACAUAUGUAGCUUAUAUACUCGCUUUCAAAUAUGAUCGUCUUUACAUGUUUCGAAUAAUACUUUAUUAUUGAUCAUUCUCUCUAGCUUCUCCUUAUUCCGAAACUCGUGUUUAAAAAGUGACAAAAAAUGCCGCAUGUCAAUAAGCUUUUCGAUGUUUUUCUUAGAUCGAUUUGAGAAGGUUUAUUAAUGUCAACAAAUAUAUAUAUAUGAUGUAUGAGUGUUUAUAUAUAUAUAUACACAUAUAUAUAUAUAUAUAUACAUAUACCUAAUAUACAUACAUAUACAUAUGUUUGUACACAUGUUUACGAGUUUGAUCGGUCCUCAGAGUAUAUUUUGUGCGAACGACGAUGACGACCGCUAUAGAAAGUCCAAUAUUUUCGAAAUACGUGGAGAUGAUUUUAAGAUAAGAAAUGACAAAAUUACGUCCAUUAAUUAGGCUUCGUGAAUUAGAAAAAAAAAGAAAAAAAAAAAAAAGAAAAAAAAAA